AUGCUUUCUUCGUUUUGUGGUGAAAACUGUCCGGUACGUUUUUCAGAAACAUUUUUCUUAAAAAACCAAGGCUGGACUAAUUUCGGCCCAGGCUUUUCGAAGACUUUUGACCCACUUGCAAUAAUCCAAUCGGGAUCAAUCUUUGCAGGCUUCUUGGAGUUGGAUUCAAGUAUGUUGGGUACAAGUUUCAGACCAAUCAGAUUAUCUGGUCUCGAGAUAUACUGGUUUGAGGCCGAAAUGCCGGGUUGUUGCAAAAAUUGCGGCCCUUCCGGCCUCAAACCAGUAUAUCUCGUGACCAGAAAAUCAGAUCAGUCUGAAACUCGGACCCAACAUACCUUAAUCCAACUCCAAGAAGCCUGUAAAGUUUGGGUCCGAUUGGAUCAUUGCAAGUGAGCCAAUAGUCCAAGCGCCUUUGCUGAAAUUUGCCCAGUCCUGCCAAAAAACCCCUAAAUUGUUUGCAGUUUACGACGGGUUUGCCGAACGCGUCGUUAUGUGCACAACACACGUGGCUCGUCUGGGUUCCCACCGCCUUUUUCCUGCUCACACUGCCGUUUUUGACCGCUCAGUGCCACUUGAACGCCCAGCGUUUCGAUAGGCUUCCGUUCAGCUUUCAUUUCAUACUCAAAUUGGUGAGUUUAUCGAUUUUUCGGUUUUCGACGUAAAAACCGUAAAAAUCGGAAAAAAACAUGCACUGAUUGAAAAAACAUUAAUAUUUUUUGCAGGUACUCACCUCGUUUCUUGCCCUUAACUCGUUGUUCACCUGGUGCUAUGUGCUCUUCUCGUCGCAGUCUUUCGCGCCCGCAUAUUACGUUUAUCCGGCAUUAUGGGUUGUUACUUGGGUACGUAAAAUAAAAGUAUUGGCUGAAAAAUCGGCAACACCUUGUUUUCUGAUGUUUUUGAGCACGUUUCGAGUUUAGCGCAGUAAAAAACGGUUUUCAGUCGAGGAAAGUCUGAAAAUGCCUGUUUUAAAGCUCAAUAGAAUGGUAUUCGUGUCAUUUUCGUUGGCUGGCCCCUGGCCUGGACAUUUGAUCCACCUGCUAUGAUCCGAUCGGACCGAAUCUUUGCAAGCUUUUAGGAUUUGGAUUGAGGAUUGAGGUAUAAGUUACAACCAGUUCAAUUCAAGUCCAAGAAGCCUGCAAAGUUUUGGUUCGAUCGGAUCAUUGCAGGUGGGUCAAAAACUCGGGCCGGUCAAAUGCCCAGCCCUGCAAAAAACCCGGUUUAGUGAUUAAUUGCGUUUCUUCCAGACGGGUACACUAGUGGUGCAUCUCGUUCGUCUCCGCUGCGGUCUCGUCUCGUCGGGCAUUCAACACGUGACGGCGCUCGUGUUCGUCGUGUGCGGCGGCCCCGAAUUCUACCAAAGGGUCCGUGAAGGCCACGAGAUCGCGGGCGUGCUCGGCUCGGCGCUCUCGAUCGCCUAUCUCAGCUGGUACUCGGCGCUCGUUCUCUACGCAUUCUUCCUUUGUUUCGCCGAUCCGAGAGCCGGAGAUGUGAAGGGAGCUCAAUCGCCGGAGCUCCAGAGCUCUUUUAUCAAUAGACUGACUUUGUGGUGGUUCAACAGUGUGCCCUGGACGGGAGCGAAACGGGAUUUGGAGGUAUCCCCACAAAGAUUUGCAUAAUAUUUGGAAAUGAUCAUUGUUUCACAGAUUGACGAUAUUUUCGAGCUGAACGAACGCAGUGGCACACAAUUUCUCAGCGAAACAUGGGAAUUCUUCUGGGAGCCAAAGAGAUUGAGUAGGAAAUUAGACGUUUUGCUGUUCGCUGUUCGAUGACCGGGACUUUUGGACCGUUUGCAAUUUUUCGAUCAGGCUCAAACUUUGCAGACUUUGGUACUUGGAUUGAAGGAUUUCGGCCCCAAGUUUCAGACCGAUAGCAUUAUCUUGUCCCGAGACAUUGAUUUAAGCCUAAAACUCAUAGUUUUUGCGAAAAGCCUGGAGUUUUAGGCCCUAAAUCAUUUAUUAUAUUUUGGGACCAUCCGUCUUAAACUUGGACCCAAAAUACUUCAAUCCAAGUCCCAGAAGUCUACAAAGUUUGAGCCUGAUCGGAAUAUUGCGACUAGUCCAAAAGUCCAGGCCCAGGCCCAGGAUCGAACCAAAAAGAAUCGAUUGAAUAAUUUCUAUCAGCAAAUGGGUAAAACAUGCCGGAAAAAUUGUGUUGUUGUUCAGAAUACAUCCACGAGAACAGUAUCUGGGCGAAAACGGACCCGGCCGAUCGGAAAGCGCCGGUGAUGCUUCCGUCCGUCGUUUCCACACUGUUCGUCAUCUUCCGAUGGGAAUUUUUGCUCGCUUCCACAUUGAAAUUCGCCUCGGACACUAUGCAAUUCGCCAGUCCCUUCUUGUUACAGUACGUAAAAUGUUUGUUUCAAAAAAGGGAAAACAUUUUGCAGCGAACUCCUCGAUUUCGUCUCGACGCCUCACGCGCCGUUCUGGAAAGGAAUGGCGCUGAGUAUUCUGAUGUUUUCGACGUCCGAAUUGCGUUCGCUCAUCCUCAACGGCUAUUUCUACAUUAUGUACCGAAUGGGCACCAAAAUCCAGACGGCCCUCACGGCGGCCGUUUACAAAAAGACGCUGCUUCUGUCGAAUGCGGCGCGUCGCGAUCGGACCGUCGGCGAAAUUGUGAAUUUGAUGGCGAUCGACGUGGAACGCUUUCAGAUGAUCACGCCUCAAAUCCAGCAAUUCUGGAGUUGUCCCUAUCAAAUCACUUUUGCGCUCGUCUACCUCUUCAUCACUCUGGGCUAUUCAGCGAUUCCGGGCGUCGUCAUUAUGAUCAUCUUUAUUCCGAUGAAUAUUAUCUCGUCGAUGGUCGUCCGCAAGUGGCAAAUGCAGCAGAUGAAGUUGAAGGACGAUCGGACGAAAAUGGUGAACGAGGUGUUGAACGGCAUAAAAGUGGUCAAGUUGUACGCGUGGGAGGUGCCGAUGGAGGCCUACAUUGAGGAGAUUCGUUCGAAAGAGCUGGCGCUCAUCAAAAAGUCCGCGAUGGUCCGCAACAUUUUGGACUCGUUCAACACCGCGAGCCCGUUCCUCGUCGCACUCUUCUCGUUUGGCACUUUUGUGCUCUCCAACCCCGAUCAUCACCUGACUCCCCAAAUCGCAUUCGUCUCGCUGACCCUUUUCAACCAACUCCGUUCCCCGAUGACUAUGAUCGCGUUGCUCAUCAAUCAGACGGUCCAGGCGGUGGUUUCGAACAAGAGACUCAAAGAAUUUCUGGUGGCCGAGGAGAUUGACCGAAAUGGCAUUGAUCGCUCCGAGAACAUCGAUAGAAGUCAUAACGCGGUGACUGUGGAGAAUUUGACGGCGACUUGGGAGGAUCCGGAAGACGUCGAAAGACACGCGACGCUGGAAGAUGUGGAGCUGACGGCGCCGCGCAACUCGUUGCUGGCAGUUGUGGGCAAAGUUGGAGCCGGCAAGAGUAGUCUGCUUCAAGCGUUGCUCGGCGAAAUGGCCAAACUGCGCGGACGGAUCGGAGUGAACGGACGCGUGGCCUAUGUGCCCCAACAGCCGUGGAUUCAGAAUAUGACACUGCGCGACAAUAUCACGUUUGGACGGCCGUUCGAUCGAAAACGCUACGAUCAAGUGUUGUACGCGUGCGCCCUGAAAGCGGAUAUCAAAAUAUUGCCGGCCGGCGAUCGGACAGAAAUUGGCGAGAAGGGCAUCAAUUUGUCGGGCGGGCAGAAGGCGCGCGUCUCGCUCGCACGGGCCGUCUAUCAGAAUCUCGACGUCUAUCUGCUCGACGAUCCGUUGUCGGCGGUCGAUGCGCACGUCGGACGGCACAUUUUCGAGAAGGUGAUCGGGCCGAACGGAAUGCUCAGAGAGAAGACGCGGAUUUUGGUGACGCACGGAUUGACGUUCACCAAGUUUGCCGAUGAGAUUAUCGUUAUGCAUGGUGAGUAAAAACCUUUUUUUUUUGUUUUAGAAAUUCCAGAAUUUUCUAAAAUUCAUCAUUCAAUUCUCCAUCUUUGACAUGACUUUUUCGGCAAACAACUGAACAAUUCCAGACGGUCAAAUUCUGAAAACGGAACUUUCGAUGUGCUAAUGAAGAAGCGCGGCGCUUUCUUCGAUUUCAUGGAAGAGUACAAAUCGUCGUCGGACAGCGACGCGAGCAGCGAAAUUUCGGACUUUGAGGAAAUUGGCGGAGAAAAGGCGGAUUAUGUGAAUCCGGAGGACGUCGUUUUGACGGUCACCAACGAUUUGGAUGAGACGUAAUAAUCCUUUUUAAAAAAUAAUUAUUUCCUUUUUUCAACGUGCAUUUCUGCAGUGUCAGAUUACUUUUCAAUUUUCUCCCCGAAUACCUUCUUCAAUUUUUUAAAGUUUCAGAAUGCGAACUCCCGAGCUGACGACGCAAAUUUCGACAAUGUCGUCGCCGGAAAAAUCGCCAGAAAAGCUGAUCAAAAAAGAGGAAGUGGCGCAGGGAAAAGUGGAAGUUGCCACGUACCGAUUGUACGUGAAAGCGGCCGGCUACUCGCUGAGCGUCGCCUUCAUCGCCUUCUUCGUCUUCAACAUGACCAUGCAGAUUCUGAGAUCGUUCUGGCUGUCCGCCUGGUCCGACGAGUACGAUCCGGAAGAACCGGCCGCGCAUCCGAUGGCCGUCGGAUGGAGAUUGGGUUAGGGUUUCUUCACAUUUUCUAGCUAAUUUCUCACAAAAUUUUAUGGAUAAUCGGUCGAGAAAAGCAAAUUCGAAACAGGAAAGAACACAGUGUUUUUCCGUCUACUCUCAAUUUACCCGUAGCAAAAAUAUUCGAUUGCAGGUGUGUACGGAGCGUUGGGAUUCGCGGAAGUCGGCUGCUUCUUCGUCGCCCUCCUCGCGCUCGUCUAUGUGGGCCAACGAGCGUCGAAAAACCUGCACGGACCGCUGAUCCACAACCUGAUGCGCUCUCCGAUGUCGUUCUACGACACCACACCCCUGGGACGCAUUCUGAAUCGGUGCGCCAAGGACAUUGAGACGGUCGACAUGCUGCUGCCGAUGAACUUCCGAUAUCUGGUGAUGUGCGUGCUCCAGGUCGCCUUCACGCUCAUCGUCAUCAUCAUUUCGACGCCGCUCUUCGCCGUCGUCAUUCUUCCGUUGGCGCUCAUUUAUUUGGUCUUUUUGGUAGGGAAGAAUUGAUUCUCACAGUCUCCAUAUCUUACAAUAGGAGGCCGCGAUCAUAUUAUAAGUUCUGGAGACCGUGAAGCGUGAAAGAAAACGUCGCCUGGCUCGGGCCGGCACGUUUAAAUUCAAACAAUUUUCUAUGUUUUCCUUAAAUUGCGAAUUACUUCAGAAAUACUACGUGCCGACAUCGCGGCAGUUGAAACGGCUGGAAAGUGUGCACCGCUCGCCAAUCUACUCGCACUUUGGGGAGACCAUUCAGGGCGCCGCCUCGAUCCGCGCAUUCAACAAGGUCGAAGAGUUUCGCGACCACUCGGCCACAAUUGUCGACACUUUUAUCCGUUGCCGCUACUCGAGUCUCGUCGCCAAUCGAUGGCUCGCCGUUCGCCUCGAGUUUGUCGGAAAUUGCAUUGUGAGUAGUUGCUCUCGGCCUCUCCCUCUGCAACUUUUACCUAACUUCUGCUCAAAAGCCGCUCAUGUUAUACACCCCAACGUUUGCGGAGAAGUUACAGAGGUUUACCGUGAGAGGCAAUGAAACAAUUGGAAACAACUGAAUCUAUGGUUUUCACUUGUUCCAACAGUCCUUGAACACGUUAUAAUCUCACAAAAUUCUAUUUUCAGAUCUUCUUCGCCGCCCUCUUUGCCGUUCUCUCCAAAGAGUUUGGAUGGGUCGAAAGUGCCGGAGUGAUUGGAGUCUCCGUUUCGUACGCUCUCAAUGUACGCUUUAUCCCACCCAAAAAAAAAUCCGAUUCCCCGCCAAAUUUGCAGAUCACAGAAGUGCUCAACUUUGCGGUGCGUCAAGUCUCGGAAAUCGAGGCGAACAUUGUCAGUGUGGAAAGAGUGAACGAGUACACGAACACGCCGAACGAGGCGGCGUGGCGGAUUGACGGAAAAGCGCCGGCGGAGGGGUGGCCGAGUCGCGGAGUCGUCCGAUUCGAUCGAUAUUCGACGAGGUACCGCGCCGGACUCGAUCUCGUCCUCCACGGAAUCUCUGCCGACGUGGCGGCCGGCGAAAAGAUUGGAAUCGUCGGACGCACUGGAGCAGGUAGAAACGUUUUUAACCGUUUUUCUUGCUCACAUUUCUAUGGAACAUUCAUUAGAGCUGUUUCGCGAAUAAAAACAUUCCUCCAAGUUUCAGGAAUUUAUUACCACGAUGGUAAGGUCAGAAAUGUUGUAAUUGUGAUGUUUUUGUCAAAUGUUUCCGAACAAUUUUUUCCAAAAAUGUGACAUUUUAGGAAAAUCCUCGUUCGCGCUUGCCCUAUUCCGGAUGGUCGAAGCGGUGGACGGCCGGAUAAUCAUUGAUAACGUGGAAAUUUCGGGAAUUGGACUGCACGAUUUGCGCUCGAACAUUACGAUCAUUCCGCAAGAUCCGGUGCUCUUUUCCGGCUCGCUCCGCUUCAAUUUGGACCCGUUUUCGACGUAUUCGGACGAAAUGCUUUGGAAAGCGCUGGAAUCGGCACAUUUGAAGACGUUCGCCGCCAAUCUGCCCGACGGAUUGUUGUACAAAAUCAGCGAGGCCGGAGAGAAUUUGAGGUAAAAUUUGGGAAAACAAUUGAUGAAGGACGAAAACAACUUUUAAAUAAAAACUACUCAAACAGUUGUUCAAACUCUGUGUGUAACUAUAGAACAUUCAUCAAUGUUCCUAAUUUUUCAGUGUCGGCCAACGGCAACUGGUGGCCCUGGCGCGUGCGCUGCUCCGUCACACAAAAGUGCUCGUGCUGGACGAGGCGACGGCGGCUGUCGACGUGGCAACCGACGCGCUCAUUCAGGAGACGAUCCGGACGGAAUUCAGAGAUUGCACAGUGUUCACGAUUGCCCAUCGCCUCAACACUAUCAUGGACUACGACAGGUUAGCAUCCGAACAAAAGAACAAUUGCAGGGGCAACAGGCCGGUCCACGCUUUUUGAGGCCAGUAAUAAUCCGAUUGGACCCAAACUAUGCAUGAUUCUCGGACUUGAAUUGAAGUAGUUCCGAUCCAAGGCUGUCAAAAACAGGGCCGCGGCCUCCUGUUUCGGUAGGCCGCCGUGACAAAUUCUCAGCCUCAAACAAGAUGCUCCGAUCGGUCUGAAACUUAGACCCAGCUCAAUUUAAUUCAAAAAGCCUGCAAAGUUUGGUACUGAUCAGAAUAUUGCAAGUGGGUCAUCCCUGGAUUUUGGCCCGCCGUUUUCAUACGCUUCCUAGUAAGCCCCUGACAAUUUUGAGAAUUGAAUUCGGCCUUUGCCGAGAACAGUUUCUCGUCUGAAAGCGUCAUGAAAUGGCCGCCAUGACACUCAACAGGAUUUUUGACAUUUGGAUCCGUUUCAACUCAUUGCCAGUUAAGAUUAGAACGGCUUGUGUUCACAUGAUUCAGUGUCCUGUAGUUCUUCUUGAUUAUGUUAAUUUCAUCCACAAAAUAAUGCGUUUUUGCAGAAUAAUGGUGCUCGACAAGGGCGCAAUUCUGGAAUUCGACUCUCCGGACGCGCUGAUGGCCGACAAGAACAGUGCGUUUGCGAGAAUGGUGGCCGACGCGGCGGAUCAGGACAAACAACAGAACUAA